AUCUCCAAAAGGAAAAGGCUACUUCCAUUUUGUACCAUAGCUCUCUCAUCCUCCUCAUUUCAAGAUUCUCACACAGCAAGGAUAAGUUGUUCCGAUAAGGGAGCAUUACUGGCCGGUGAGGAUAAGGCAAUACCAUUUCUUAAAGGAUACACUUUUUUCAGUAAUGCUUGUGCUAAUUUGGUGUUAUGAGAUGCCUCUCCUGAAUUGAAUGGAUAUAUGCCGAUUUUCCUUGCAUAGUUUCCCGCUUUCCCUAAACCCUUUAUCAAUUAUCAUCAAGCCUGCUAUUGUAUUGCCAUCCUCCUCAAGCUGUCCUCCUAGACUAGCUAAGUUCACACAGCUGUCACUCGUUCCCUCAAAACCAACUAUAUAUAGUAGAGUCCGCUGUGCCUCCUCAUAUUCUUCAUCAGCAUCCUCGUCAAUGGAAGCUCCACCUGAAGGUUACAGAAGGAAUGCUGGGAUCUGCCUCUUCAAUGAUUCAAAGAAGAUUUUUGCUGCUUCAAGGUUAGAUAUACCUGAUUCUUGGCAAAUGCCACAGGGUGGCAUUGAUGAGGGUGAAGAUCCAAGAACUGCAGCAAUCAGGGAAUUAAGAGAAGAGACAGGAGUUCAGUCAGCAGAAAUUCUUGCAGAGACACCUCAUUGGUUAACCUAUGAUUUCCCACCAGAAGCUAGAGCUAAACUUCAGAAACUGUGGGGAUCAGAUUGGAAGGGCCAAGCACAGAAGUGGUUUCUUUUUAAGUUCACUGGGAAGGAUGAAGAAGUCAAUCUUCUAGGUGAUGGCAGUGGAAAACCUGAGUUUGGCAAGUGGUCAUGGAUAUCACCAGAACAAGUAGUUGAUCUCGCUGUGGAUUUUAAGAAGCCUGUUUACAAGAAAGUUUUCGCAGUUUUCGCACCCUAUUUUCAAUAAAAGUUAGGUCCUGCAAUGGUACAAAGGCUUGUUCCUACAGGAUAUGACAUCCAUGUUACUCACUAUGUGUAGAAAUUAAAUGGCAUACUUUGAUUUUCAUUCAUCUCUGAGACUAAUAAAUCUUCUUUUGUUUUGUUUAAUUCAAGAGUU